CGCGGCGAUUCGUCGGAGAAUAAGGAGCUUUAAGACAGGGCGUCACACAGAAAUGGACCCCCAGGAAAGAACUCCCAGUGGAGAGGACCUCAAGAAACUUCAUAGUGGAGAAGACGUCAAGGAACGCCAUAGUGGAGAGGGGCACAAGGAGCGUCAUGGUGAAGAGGGACAAAAGGAAAUUAUUCGCAGAGGAAAGGACAACAAGGAACAUCCUAAACGACGAAAAGACCACAAGGAUCGUCAUAAGGGAGAGGGCCACAAGGAGCGUCAUGGUGGUGAGGGGCACAAGGAGCGUCAUGGUGGUGAGGGGCACAAGGAGCGUCAUGGUGGAGAGCGUCGCAAAUCAAGGCGCCGCAGUGUAGAAGAUCGUCGUGGCUCUUCUGUAGUGCGUCAUGGGGAUGAGGACCACAAGGAGCGUCAUGUUGAUGAGGACCACAAAGAGCGUCAUGGUGGAGAGCGUCGCAAAUCAAGGCGCCUCAGUGUAGAAGAUCGUCGUGGCUCUUCUGUAGUGCGUUAUGGGGAUGAGGACCACAAGGAGCGUCAUGUUGAUGAGGACCACAAAGAGCGUCAUGGUGGAGAGCGUCGCAAAUCAAGGCGCCUCAGUGUAGCAGAUCGUCGUGGCUCUUCUGUAGUGCGUCAUGGGGAUGAGGACCACAAGGAGCGUCAUGUUGAUGAGGACCACAAAGAGCGUCAUGGUGGAGAGCGUCGCAAAUCAAGGCGCCUCAGUGUAGAAGAUCGUCGUGGCUCUUCUGUAGUGCGUCAUGGGGAUGAGGACCACAAAGAGCGUCAUGGUGGAGAGCGUCGCAAAUCAAGGCGCCGCAGUGUAGCAGAUCGUCGUGGCUCUUCUGAAGGGCGCCCCCAGAUCAAGAGACAUGAAUCACAGUCUUACCAAGACGUCGACGACACGCAGCUGGCCAAAAACCUCAGAAAACAGGUUUCUUUCACCGGACUGCCCGUCGCCGAGGCAAAUUUGAAAGCGAAAGCGGAAAAGGGCGAUAAAAAGACGAAGAAGAAACGUGGAAAGGGCGACAGAAGCAAGGAACGUGACGGCAAGGCUUCCGUGUACGACGUCAGUGCGGAUGAGCCAACAAGUAAAGGAACCUCCAUCGAGGACCUUGUCAGUGAAAACCCUAGCGUGAACAACAACGCCAGGAAAUGCAAAAUUAUGGGUGUGAUUGGGGAGAAUGAACCGGUCAAAGUCAAAGGUCAAUGGACUUUUAGAUCGUUCUCAUCUCGGCCACGUGAUGAAAAAGGUUUUCAAGGUAACGAGACUGCGCGUGCUGCAAACUUUACAAAAAAUUGCACGCCAUGUGAGCCAUACAAUCACACUUUACAACUAGCACGUCACGACACACUGGCACACGUCGAGACACUCUGGCACACAUCACGACACACUGGUACACAUCAUGACACACUGGCACACGUCACGACACACUGGCACGUAUCACUUCACACUAGCACACACAUGACGACACUAAUACGACACCACCACACACUAGUACACAUCACGACACACUGGCACGUAUCUCGACACACUAAAACACAUCACCACAUACUAACGCACACGUGACGAUAAAGCACUCACCACGAUUCACUACAGGACUCACCACCACUCCCGAUCUUAUGUAGUACACCGUUGAAGUGAUGUUAUUGUCUGUGAUGUUAUUGAAUUCAGUGAUGUUGUUGGAUGAUGUUGUUGAGUGAUGUUAUUGUCUGUGAUGUUAUUGAAUUCAGUGAUGUUGUUGGGUGAUGUUGUUGAGUGAUGUUGUUGUCUGUGAUGUUGUUGAAUACAGUGAUGUUUUUGUCUGUGAUGUUAUUUUAUACAGUGAUGUUAUUGUCUAUGAUGUUAUUGAAUACAGAGAUGUUGUUGAGUGAUGCUAUUGUCUGUGAUGUUAUUUAAUACAGUGAUGUUAUGGUCUGUGAUGUUAUUUAAUACAGUGAUGUUCUUGUCUGUGAUGUUAUGCAAUACAUUGAUGAUUUUGUCAGAGAUUCUAUUUAAUAUUGAUGUUUUUGCUCUUCAUUUCUGGCAGAUAUUGAGUUCCUAGAUAACUUUAGAGACGCUUCGUUUUCCGAAGACGAUAUCUCAUUCUCGACUCCCCAGUAUUAUCCUACAGAACAGUCGCCUUGUCAAAGGGGGCGGAGCCGGGCUGAACUUGUGCCAGAAAACGUCUCGAGGCGCAGCCAAGAUUUCCCAGCGAUUCCACCGUCCACUAGGCCACAUUUGGGGCGCAGAGCAAAGACUUGUCCUGGACUGUCACGCAGGACAGGACACAGAAUCGACCAGCGUUGCAGAAGCUUGAGUCUACGUUCUGGCACUUUGCGAUAAUGAUGAACAUACAGGAACUUUGGGAAAAUCAGUUCUCAAUCUGACAAAUCAAGUCAAGUCUCUCAGUCAUGACUUUAAAGACACACAAUAAACAACAACAACACCAAAAAGAAACAACAAACAAAUUACAAGAAAAAUGAUUUGAAUUACAUUUACUUUAGGAUUUUCCCAUUAACUAAGUCAUUACAGGUCACUCAAAUAACACAUACUUCACUUGUGUACUUUGUGCCCAGUUUUACUCGUCUUGCUUUGUUCGCUGAUAGAAGCAUUAGGUUGCCACGCCCCC